AUGGCGGCGGGAUGGGUCUCCCCUUCCCCUUCGCCGCCACUUCCGCCGACGCCGGCGAAUAUGCUCCGCCGUGUUCCCGCUCGAUCUUUGUCUCUUCCGGCGUCUCGAGCUCGUCGUCGGAAACCGAGCCCUGCCGCAGCAUCGCCCGGCCCGCCGCCACCUGGUAGCGACCCUCCUCGCCGACCGCCGCCUUCGCCUCUCCAGGAAGCCUCCUCCUCCACCGCCACCGGCAACAAUCGCCUCCUUCCUCAGGUUAGCGCCCCCGUCCUUCCUGAUCCUCCCUAAAUUUUCCGCUCCGACCUGUCCACGAAUUGGGGAUUUCUAGUCAUCUGCUCCAGAUCUCCUCUCCUCCCUCUCCUCACGUAGAAUCUCACAUCGUCUCUGAUGAUGAUUAUAAUCCGUCGGUUUUCCGAUCAAGCCGCCAUGUUUAGGAAACUUUUAGGUCAUAGCGGAUAAACCCUAGGCCUUUUUUCGAGAUGGAACAGGAGGAUGUGGAUUACCUGUGGAAGGCGACGGUGGGCUCCGUCGCCGGCGGUGCCGCCAUUAAGUACGGCAGCGCGGUCUUCCCGGAGAUGACGAGGCCGAGCCUCUCGCAGGCGCUGCUGAUGAUCGGAUUGCCGGUGCUCGUCUCCGUCUUCCUCCUGGUUUGGGGGAGCUCAUCCAGGGAGGUGAAUUGA